UUCUUUUUCCGAGGAAGAGGAACAAUAAAUUUGACGUUUAUAUUUCGCCGAACCGCAACUUUUAUUACAAUUGUUGUGCUGCUUUCUAUAGCUCUACGAAGAACCUACAACUUUCUGCAAAUAAAUUAAUACCGAGCCCUACCCAACACACAGAAGCCUCAGCAUGGAAGAGAUCGAAUUACCAAAACUAGAAACCGACCAAAAAUCAUAUGCGGGCAUUCCGGAGGCUGUGUUUGUCGAUGAUGUAGAGCAGUACAUGAAAGAUUCUGGCAACGAGGAUAACGUCGAAAAGGUGCUGAAGAACUUUGACGAGCAACACAGCAAGUACCGUUUUAUGGAAUACAACAUGGUAUCGCGCAGGAGACGGCUGCGGCAGCAAAUUCCAGACCUCACGAAAAACCUGGAAAUGAUCAAGAACCUGCGCGAGCAAUCGGACGACCAGGUGACCCAGUUUCUGCUAAGCGACCAGGUGUUCGUGAAGACGAUCAUGCCGCCCACGAAAACGGUGUGCCUGUGGCUCGGUGCAAACGUCAUGCUCGAGUACCCGCUGGACGAGGCGGAGGAACUGCUGCGCCAGAACAAGAAGUCGGCCGAGGUGAACCUGCGGUGUCUGGAACACGAUCAGGAAUUUUUGCGCGAUCAAAUCACCACGACCGAGGUGAACAUGGCCCGGGUGCACAACUACGACGUGAAGAAGCGGCAAGCGUUGAAGGCAUCAGGAGAGGACAAAGCGUAGAGAGCAUUAUCGUGUGUGCAAACUGAUCACGGCGAAAAUAAAACUGCAUUUCCGAUACAUCAUCGUUAUACUUUA